AUGAAAAGACGUGUUACUUGGCCAUCAUCGAGUGCUUUGUUCUCAUCAUGCUCGGAGCGUCAUUUCCAUCAGACCAUCGUAAUGACAAAAAGCAACAUGAUGAGAAGUAAUAUAAAAAGGGCGGAAAACAUUGGGAAGAGACAUUCUUCUCUUUCUCUGUCAAAUCUUGAUUUACAGAAGAAGAUUUUUAGUGAUGUAACGAAAAAGAAUUAUUCUACCACCAUUCCCGUAAAAAAGAAAGCAAGCAAUGUAGAUGAUGGAUAUUUAGCGGAAAUUAAAAAAACAAAAAUUAUGCAACAAAAGAGUCAAUAUGUGAGACAAAUUUAUGACUCCUUUAGUGAUGACCCGCUUGUUGUACCUUUCUUGACAAAUAUUAUUUCUAGCAAGAACUAUGCGUACACAACCGAUCGUACUCUUAAAAACACAUUCCUUUAUUUCAUGAGUCGAAAAAAUCAAAGACUCUUAAAGUCUGAAUCAUUUGACAACAUGCCAGAAGAUAAGCAAUUCGCAUUGUUGUGUAAAACUUUUAGUGAAGACCUUCUUCCAUUUAUUCAAGAUCAAUUAGAAAAUAAUGAUAAUCCAAAGGACGUACUCAAGCCAGAAUUAAUGUAUCAAGCAUUAUUCCUACCCACAAAGACGAUGAGAAAUAUUUCUAAAGACAUUGCCCUAUACCUGCUUGAAAAUAAUCGUUAUCAACUAUUAGGAAUCAACAAAACCGUGGUGGAAGACGCAGUUUUAACCUACUAUAGAAUUAAUGAAGAUUUGAAAGGCUUCUCGGCAUUUGUUACUGAAAAUAAUUUGAAAAUGACAGUACUUCGUUAUUUGAUGACCAUUGAACUUUUAUAUACCAAAGGUAUGCUCGCAGACAUCAUUCCAGUUUUUGAAAACUUUUUGGAAUAUCUGCUCAAGAUUGAGAGUUCUAUCAAAGGAGAAAAGCAAUGGGAAAACAUUUCCAAAGCUUUCGGACAUGCUAUUCAAAGCUAUGCCACUACUGGAGAAAUUGAAAAAGUUGAAGAGUUAUUCAGCUUGUGUAUUCACUCAAACGCUUUUACAUUUAAUGGUGAACAUUCCCACUUCAAUACCUCAAACCCAAUAUCACUGUUAAAACCACACAUUCAUUCGUCUCUCCAAAUAUUCAACAUUUUGAUCAAGACAUAUAUACGACAAAACAUGUUGGAUCAGGCAUUCAAGAUAGUGGAAGUUGCCUUCAGUGAGCUCACAUAUUUAGCACAAAACAAAGUGAAAAUUUCUCCACUAGCUAAACAAGCUAAGCAGUUUGUGACAAUCAUCAACCCUCUUUUAAAUAUGUUAGUAUCACGAUCCAACCUUAAAGAUGCUGAUAGACUGAUCAAGUCAUUACUUGACAAGGAAUCAUCUCUUCAAAAAUCGUACAAUACUGCUAUGAAUCAGCUUUAUCCUCCCUCAGAAUAUACUAUUAGUCCUGAUAGAAUUACAUUCUUAAUCAUUAUUAGAAGAUAUUGCAUUGAUGGACAAGUUGAUCAGAUUUUGUACUAUCUCAAAAAUAUGUUUACUUAUGGCUGUAGUGUAUCAACAGAUAUGUACGACGAUGCAGUUGUUAACCUAGCAUUCAAUGGCCAUACCUCUGCUAUCGAAAAGCUCCUCAAAACUUUGGUCACUGAUUUUGAUUACAAAUUGACGGCAUAUCCCGCAUAUGCUAUUAUGAAGUCUUAUGUACAAACUGGUGACAUUGAACAAGCUGAGAAAAUGUUGAACGACUACCAAAAUUUUGGAUCACCAAUUAUUGGAAUGUAUAAUUUGGUCAUUGGCUCAAACUUGACAAACCUCCACAACUAUGAAAAGGCUAUUCACUAUUUACACACAGCAACUGUGUUAUCAAAUUUAACAUUUGCUGUUAACCAACACACUUUAGCUCCUUUUAUUCAUUUCUUUGCCAUAGCCAGUGAAGAGAACAUCGAAAAAUGUUUCAACAACAUGAAUUCAUACUUGGAGAAAUUCCCCAACGAUUACAUCUUUCCUGCCUAUGUCAAUGUCUUGAGGGAACUCUGUUCAAACAUCCAACAAGCAAGAAAAGGAGAAAUUGCAGGCAUGCAAAUUGACAACUAUGUUGAAAAAUGUUUAGAAGACAUGAAGGGAAUGCUGUCAAAAGCAAAACAAUUUAUCAACGACGAGGACAAGAAACGAAGACAACAAAAGCAAUAA